AUUGCGAGCGUUAAUUAAAUAAUUUAAGGGCACUUAAGAGUAUGACUAACACGAUCGGGGAGUGUCUUAUCAAUAAAUAAAGCCGACUCUUGUUCAGUUCGUGAAGACGACGCGUCGCAUCCAGGCCGCGUCAUUUCAAUUUAUCAACAAAAAUUAGGAGGAAAGGGGGCACCGGAUGAGGCUUUUUCUCAUAUCCGGAGAUGCCGUAACGCGAAUGUAGUUUUGUUACAUAAAAAUUGGGAGUCGCGGCGACAUGUUCAAGUAUCGCGGCGACCUGGACGAUUGGCUGGGCAAUUUGCGAUACCUGACCGAGUGUUACGACCCGUGCGUGCCGUGCGUCGAUAGUGAAAGUGCCGAUGACGAUAGCAUGAGUAGUGAAAGUGGACGAAAUUACAAGAGGUCUCUCAGCGGUUCGUACGAGAACAUUUGGAAUUGCACGACCGAUUUCGGCGACGCGACGCGUUUGAAAUACGGCCGCGUCUGUCGCGUCUCGUUCGAGUUCGACGACUGCGUCGAAAUUUCGCCGGUCAUUUUCGCGCGUAUCGAACUCUCAAUUCCGACGGACAUCGAUCGAUGGAAAUCUGAUCUGAUGUACGAAUACUGCAGCGAGGAUGACGUCGAUCAGGAAUACGCGAGCAUAGAAAAAAUUAACGAGGAGAAGGGCGGCGGCCACCAGCACUCGCACCAGGCGCAGCCGUUUCCCAUCGAGACAGUCGAUCUGAGGCACGGCGGCGAUUGCGUCGGAAGGCCGAGUUUCCGCUCGCAGACGGUGCACGAGUUCGCGACAGGGAAUUGCGAGCAGUUGGUGUCGUUCAACCCGAUCGACCUGAAGGGCGUCGCGAAGCUUACGUACGACGGGUGCACGAAGAAGCUGAACAAGAGCCAAUUCUUGCGCAUCCACAACGAUCACAUGCUGCUGGUCACCGAGAAAGGAGGCGAAGAGAUAAUCAUCGACAAUUUGUGCCUCACCGACUACAAGCCGAUCAGCAAAAAGGAAGUGUCCAUCAAGAAGACCUCUGAAGAUGUGUGCAAAAUCUACAAGCUCCAGUUCGAUAACGUAAAAGAGAUGAACUGCGCCAUCGUCGACCUGGAGACCUACUACGGCGUGGAAAGGCCGAUAUUGGCCAAGCUGCAAUCGCCGGAAGAAAAAUCUCAGAUUCGAUAUAAACUGCUGAAGCUGCUCGGGAAACGAUCCAGCAAGGACCUACUGGAGAAGAAGGGAAUCAUAAAAAACGAGCCUAUAUUCGGGAACACCCUGAGGCACUUAUACGAGACCUACAAGCAGGAGGUGCCCGAAUUCGUGCUGAAGAUCAUCAAGCUAAUCGAACUACCGAAGAACAUCGAGAGCGUCGGUCUAUACAGGGCGUCGGGAAACCUCGCGACGAUCCAGAAGAUCCGCUUCAACAUCGACAAGAACAAUUUGAAGAUUCUGGACGAGUUUAAGAACGAUAGCGACGUCCUCACGGGAAGCCUGAAGUUGUUCUUUCGCGAGCUGAAGGAACCGCUGAUACCUCAUAAGCUGUACGAGAACUUGUUUAAGUUCAUCGACCUAGACCUGACGCCCAAAAUCGGCGACAGCGUGAAACAGCUCACAAGCAAAAUGGACAAGGCGCACAAGACCACCCUACUAACGCUCCUAGACCACUUGCUCAAGGUGGAGGCGCACAGCGAAGAGAAUCGAAUGGACGCCUACAAUAUUUCGAUCGUUUGGGGUCCCACGCUAAUCUGGCCCCCCGACAACUGCCACGACAACAUCUUGCUCAGCCAUACGAACGCGAACAAGGUCGUGGAGCUUCUCCUGAACGUCUACAAGAUAUCCAGCUCUCCGCUAUUGAAGCACGAGCCUAGCAGUCCGCUAACCAGCAACGAGGAGGGGGAGGAGGGCGCAGUGAGGGAUAAAAACGCACUAAUGUUAGCUUUAAACGAGAACCUAACCAAGGCGAGCUCCAAGGAUAACCUGGUGAAGAGCACCGAUAGCUUGACCAGGCACCGAUCGCCUCUGGAAAAAGAUAUAAAAUUCGACUUGGAGGCGCUGAGUGCGACCACCAAGGAGAAGGUGCCCGAAUUUGUCUUGAAAACCAUUCCGCUAAUCGAGCGAGGAAUUAACAUGGAGCACCUGUAUAAGAAACCAGGAAACUACGACAAGCUGGAGAAGAUUAGGAAAAAGAUCAGCAAGAAGGGUAGCAACCUCAAUUCCAUGGAGAAGUACAAUCCGCACGAUCUGGCAUCGGCGCUCAAGAAUUUCUUCGUCGAUCUAAAGGAGGCGAUUAUACCUAAAGCUGUAUUUAAUAGACUGGUGCUGGCCACUGAUGAACGAAUUGAAAUAACCAAACUGCGGAACACGAAGAGGGAGCUGACGAUGGCCGAAAUUCCGCAACGCGAAACCCUCGACUACGUACUGAGACACCUCGUCAACGUCAGCAGACACGAGGAGUCGAACAAGAUGUCCAAGCACAACCUCGCGGUCGAGUGGGGUCCGAUUCUCGCGCGGCCCUUCGUCGAAAAUCACGAGGUGAGCGUCGGCUGCUCGAUCCAGGUACUCGAGACGCUCCUCCAAAUCUACGACAGCAAGACCGCGAUCAACUUGGACAGCGAGUGGAACCAGAACGUCGACGUUCGACUCGGGCGAAGUCCCGAGUACACCUCCAAUCAGGUAUUACCCCCGAUCGCCGCCGUCGCCAAGCGAAGGCCCAAAGUCAUCAAGAACGACUCCUCCCUUUACCGAGUUAGCAAAUUUAUCAGCAAUACGCUAUCGCUUUACGACAAUGUGCAAUAUACCGGCGAGACGUAUUAUUAUUUGUAUUGA